GGAGUCAUGACGAGUAGCGAGGUUUGCAGCAACAUCAGACAAGUUUUCACGGACUCUCAGGUCCAUCACAUAUUAAAGCAAGUAUUGGGGAACGAGUCGUGGCAGUUGCUACGAUGCGACUUGCAACGCGCUGCGGAAGGGCUAACCGGCUUCCUCGGAGACCAUUACAGAACGACGCUGCACGUGCGGGUUGGCGAGAGCAUCAAAACGGUACAAUUGUUCGUGAAGACAAUGCCGCUGAUGAAUAAGAACAAAGCGUCGUUUAUUGAUAAAGGGAACUUUUUCAGACGCGAGAUGCUCACGUUCCAGGUAUUCGAAAACAUUGGAGGUGAUCACGGUCCAAAUCCUUGGCGCACUAAAGCCUACAUCUUCAACGAAUCUCUUCUGGUGAUGCCGGACCAAACCGUUUUUGGCUACACACAACGCCACUACCUCGACACUCUGGAUUUGCCGCAUGUUUUAACUGUUACGGCAUCCAUCGCUCGUUUUCACUCUUCGUACGCCAACUUUGCCACUAAAAAAAGUGUCAAUCGUCAACGUCCCUACAACUUCCUCGAUGAAUACGGACACCUCAUGAAAGAACCUACAUUCUAUGACAGUCCAUGGCUUCGAGCGUGUGGAAAACUUUCCGCUAACCUCCUUCAUACAUUUUCUAAGAAAUACAACAACGACAAUAUCCCCGACCUGGAAGAGAAAUUGACCAAACUGUACAUCGAGUCAAGUGGCAGUUUUAGAGAUUACAACGAUACUCUGAAUGUUCUUAUUCAUAGAGACCUUUGGAUAAACAACAUCAUGUUCAAGUAUGCCGACGGUGUACCUGUGAACGCAUUGAUUAUCGAUUUCCAGUGCUUACGUUACGGUCCACCAGCGUUUGAUUUGAACAUCUUUCUGUAUUUGACGACAACUAGAAAUUUUCGCGAGCAAAACGAGAUGAAAGUAUUCGAACAUUACUAUUCCGUGUUCACGGAAUCUUUGGACGACGCGACGAAGCACAGACUAAAAGAGUUGGGGUACACGUAUGAGGAGUUUUUGUCGUGGUGUGAGAAAUCCCGGAUGUUUGCUUACGUUUUAGCUAUAGGCAUCUUCCCGUACGUGUUGAUGUCGCCAGUGGCGGCUUCGCGGUACUUCGACGACCCUCUCACGUACGAUAGGUACCUCGAGGACCGCAACCAGCCCGUCAUCGAAUACGGAAAGCAGUGUCCCGUGUACAGAGACAGGCAGGUCGACGUCAUUGAAGAAUUUGUUGAGAGAUAUAUAGUGAAUAAGUGAUGAUUGUAGUCUAAAUACUUUUUUAAAAAAACGACCUCAAAAGUUCGUCCGUUCGCUUUCGCUAUGUUCGUUACCGCGGUUGCCUCAAUAAGAAUCACGUGAGCCCAAAUGCUACGUAGUUGUAUACUGUUGGGGAGUUCGUCUCAUCUGUCUGUCAUUUACAUGAUCAAAUCAGCUCCUACGCUAGUGUAUUUAAAAGUAAAAUUUUGUAAUUGUAAAAAUAUUAUUAUUAUGUUACGUCUUUUAUUUGCUUUGUAAGUAUUUUUAAUUCCAUUCCGGGAUUAUCCACUUUACAAACCAAAGUAUUGCAAAAACGUUCUGUUCUUUGUACCGUUUAGGUUUUCGGAUCAGAGAAAAGUUUCAGGAGAUUGGUACCAUGACUGUGGCAUCACAGUAGGUACAUUUACUGAAAUAGGAUUUUGUAUGCGCGUACAAAUAUUCAUAAAUUCAUUAAGAAGAUGUCCAUAAUAUUUCCAUCAUCAGAUCAGCUCUAGGUCACCAUAAUAUUUUAUUUUCAUAAGUGCAAUGUUUAAUUCAAAUCGGUUAACGGAAAGUAUGUGAAAUUGAAUUUACCUCACCCACUACAUACAAACGGACGUCCUCUUUUUUUGAAGUCGGUUAAAAAUUGAAUUUUCGAUCUACUUAUUUAACACUGUAGUUACUUAUACUUUCAGUUUAGUUGCUUAUCAGUUUUAUGUUGUUAUACUUUUUCUAUUUAGUAUGUGGACAGAUAAAUCUAACCACCUUCUAAAUAGAAGUACUCAAUUCCUAUGAGCUAUACUCACUACCAGUACAGUAGGUACAAUACAACAAUAAAAUUAAUAAAUUAAUGAAUAGCUGGCAAUAACCAAAAUAUGUUGUCAAUACAAUUCUGUUGCAACCGCUCUGUACAUUUUCUUAACUUCAUCUGAAAGCUUACGGUUUUAUUUAAUAUACCAAAAGUAAUAUGAAGAAUACAAGGGUACUGGUGGUGAGUAUAGUUCAGAGGAAUUGUGUAAGCUGGUCUAAUGCCAUAUGGUGAUCGUGAGCACACAUGGUGGCGCCUGCGCAGCAGCAGCGCCUGUGCGAUGGACACGUCUGUCCAUAUACGCCGUGGACAUGUCGCGCCUGAUUCGGACUAAGCCGUUUAUUUCAACCGAAUCGCACUUUCGCAACGCACUCGACCAAUGAAUAAAUGUAAAGCGAUUAGAUUUAAUUCCUUUCCUAAUUUGUCGACAGGCCCCCGCCCCAGCCCGUUCGACAUUGGCGAAAAGACGACAGUUUCAAUGCUCAUGUAUCUGCUCACACCGAAACGUCGUCGUCGCUAAAAACUUGAAAUUUAAACUGAUCAAGUUUGUUUUACUUGAAAUACACAACUAAUCUUAUUAUCUUUAUAUUUAAGUAAUUUAGUUACUUCGAUGAAAAGUCUAGAAUACCUAGGUGUAAAUUACAUACGUAGGUUAUUAUUACCUGAGACUUAUUCUGUAUUUAUAAACAAGCAACUUUGGCUUUACGACAAUAUUAUUCUUAUAAAAUGUCUUCCCACACACAAAACUUUUGUUGAACCAGAGUUCUGCGUGAAUUAAUUUAAAUGAUUAAAUACAUAAAUAAAAAUAUAAUUCUUAUUUUUUUAUACAAAUGUGCAAGGAUUACAAUA